AUGUUAAAGAAUAGAAGCAAAGCCUUUGCGCCAAAAUUCAAAGGAGGGCCUCGAAGACCUCCAGCAAACCCCUCCUCCGCGGAGUCAUCUGCACGCCCAAGCGUCGAGCCGCACUCACAAACCCCAGCAGCAGAAUCGAGCACAAAUCAUGAUAUACUCUCUGUCCCCGAGCAAGUUACUGCUCCGCCGUCUUCCGAAGAAGAAACGCGAGUUGUCAAAGAAACCUUGCGUCCUGAAUCGAAUGAACCAUCCCUUCAAGCCGAGAAGUCUCCAUCCGCACCAGAAGUGAGAGUUGAGUCAAGCAUACGCAGUCUGAAGAGGAAGGAAAGAGAACAUGAUGUACAGGAAUUGCCAGCCAAGAGAGUCCCUGUUGAAAUGGCGCCCGGAGGCCCCACUACACAAGAUCCAUUAUCCGAAAUAGCCCCUCUGUCGCAUUUGGAAAAUGGGCCAAGAGAAGAACCAUCGGAACCUGCAGUUAGCAGACGAGCUACUCCCCCUACUGUUGAUCGACUUGAACCAAAUGAAUUCUCUGUUGCACACGAUGUUGCUGACGGUAGUGGCGAUACUCCACCAGGCUAUCAUACUCUUCCUUCGAGCACCGACCUAGAAGCAUCAAUAUCUCAAGCGCCAAAAGAGACGACCGAUUAUCCAGAGCCUGUAGCACAACCGGGGGCAAAUCUCACUACCCCCGAGAGCGAUUCUCAAGUAGUAGCCGCAGCAGAUGAAAUCCAACAUUCGCGAUCCAGCUCUCCUCAAAGCGAUCAUGAACCUCCUCGAUUCAGAUACCCCACACCCCCAAACACGCAGACACUUUCGGCCAUCGAUUUACCUAUAGUGAGUGCUACUAGCAACGACCUCUCAGGUCUCGGUCCUGCGGGAGAUACUGGUGCACUUGCGCAGCCAGGGCAUGUGGCUCAGCUCUCGCAAAUAGUUCCAAUGGCAGGAUUGAACCCUGAUGGGACAGCAGCUGCUCUAGUUGAAGAGCCCGCGUCUGGCACAGAGAAAGGGAAGAAAAAGAAGAAGAUUGUACGGCGCAAGAAGGUUCAGGCUGCACACGAAGGCGACGAUGUCAGAGCCACCGUGGAUAUGCAGUUAAACCGACCCCGCCGUGUCGCUGGCCAGAAGAGAUCUCGUAAGAAAAAGGAUAGCGAGAAGAAAAGAAGAGUACGCGCUCAGACACCUGAGGGUGCUGAAGAUGAAGUCGUGGACCAUACAACAAUGAAGAUGGUGGAUCUUUGCAAGGACCUCCGAAUCGGGAAGAAAUUCAGCAAGCACCAUGAGAUUAAGGAGAGAUUGGUGCAGAAAAAGGUCAAAGCGAAACUGGCCAAAGAAAACCCUGAACUCAUAUCUUUGGUGGAAGGCGAACAACACGGCAAGGAGUCGAGCUCACGACCUGAUGAGGACGCUUCCGGUCUUGCAGCGGCCCCUAGUGCUACCGUCCAAAUGCGCGUCGUUGACGGCCAGAUCGUCGUGGAUGAAAAUACACUGCAAGUUGAUCGCCAAGAACGUGGGCGAGCAGAGCGAGGUGAAGUCGUGGAGGAAGUCGAAGAGGAUGAUUUCACCACAGUUACAACUUCAGGCACAUUUAUGAAACGGGAACGAGCUGUAAUCUGGGAUGCCGUGGCAAACGAGAUGUUCUACAACGGCCUAGCACAAUUCGGUACUGAUUUCGAGAUGAUUGCCAAGCUAUUUCCAAGCCGCAAUAGGAGGCAGAUCAAGUUGAAGUUCAACAAAGAAGAACGCAAUAACCCUGCAAAAAUCACCCGAGCAUUGACAGGGGAGAAGAUAUCUAUCAAUCUAGAUGAAUACGAAGAAUUGGCUGGGUUCAAGCUUCUGGACGUUGCGGUCAUCGAGGCGGAGCGCGCAAAGAUCGAGCAGGAGCAGAAUGCUGAGGAGGCCAGACAUGCAGCUGACAUAGCAGAAACGACAAGAAGGAAGAAGGCAGAUAUACAUGCCAAAUCAGAUGCUGUGAAGAGAGCUUUAUCCGGGUACGGCGAUGAUGAGGUACCUGCUCAAGGGACCGACUCAGCGAAGGAAAAUGCAGAGCCGGCAAUGGGGAAGAAUCGGGAGGCUAGUGCAGCACCCAAAUCUAAGAAGAAAGUGACGAAGAAGAAGAAUCCCCAUAGCAGCAACGCCGGCGGAGAGGAAAUUGAGGUGCUGGGUAGUAUUGAGAACUAA